AUGGCGGACUCGACACAGGCUGCUGCGGCCCCGAAGCCGAGCAGUAGUGUCAAGCUCGUUCUACUCGGCGAAGCGGCAGUAGGAAAGUCCUCCCUCGUCCUCCGCUUCGUCAACAACGACUUCCAACCCAACAAAGAACCCACCAUCGGCGCCGCCUUCCUGACCCAAAAAACCCACCUCCCGACCCGCACCAUCAAGUUUGAAAUCUGGGAUACCGCGGGCCAGGAACGUUUCGCCUCCUUGGCGCCGAUGUAUUAUCGUAAUGCGCAGGCGGCGUUGGUGGUGUAUGAUGUUACCCGUGCGAGCUCGUUGGGGAAGGCGAGGCAUUGGGUGGCGGAGUUGCAGAGGCAGGCUAGUCCGGGGAUUGUGGUGUGUUUGGUUGGGAACAAGGUUGAUUUGGCUGAGGGGGAUGAUGGCCCUGAUGCUGAGGAAGAGGAGGGGGCUGAUGGGGAGGAGGAUGGGCAAGGGGAGGCGGCGGCGGCGGCGGCGGUGAAACCUGCGGCGGUGAAACCUGCGGCGGAUGAGGGUGCUGUGAGGAAAGUCUCGACCAAAGAGGCUAAAGCUUAUGCAGAGGAAGAAGGGUUAUUGUUCUUCGAGACCUCGGCCAAGUCGGGCUUGAACGUCAGUGAGGUCUUCACCGCCAUCGCGAACGCGAUACCCGAGGCCAGCUUGAAGGGUGGGCGAGCAGGCGCCAAUGCUGCCGCUGGAGCUGGGACACAGGCGGCGAUUAUGGCGGGCGCGGAUAGUAGUAAGGUCAAUCUUAAUGCUAAGGCUGGCGGGGACAAGGGGCAGGAGGGUUGUGCUUGUUAG